GCACAAAAUGGCGACUGUUAUACUUUGCACGGACGCUGCCUGGCCUGCUGAGUUUCUCCAGCAUUUUUGUUCUGUUUGUUGCUUUGCAUUUCCAGCACUUGUAGAUUUUACUUACAUCAGAGAUAUAAUGUCGCUGUUGCUGUGAUAAUGAACUUUGCUCAAGGAAAAGAGUACGUUUCUACUGGCUGUCAGGAAUGCCUAGUACUGUUAAUUAUGGCUCUGAAGUCUUGGUGUUUACUGGUGGCAACUAUUUUAUUAUGUGAAAAUGGAUGCAUGGAGUUUCCUCCUUGUGACAGCCAUAUCUAUUGUACUGGAGAGCUUCUGGAACAAGUGCAGAUUGCCAAAAUUUUCGAUGAUGACAAAUAUUUUGUGGAUAUGAAGUUGAAGAAGAAUCCAGACAUCGUUUGGGAAGCUUUCCAAAACCUUACCACUGCCUCCCCUGUCGGGAAGCCAACAAAGCAGCAGCUGAGCAAUUUUAUCCAAGAAUACUUUGAAGCUCCUGGACAGGAGUUUGAGAAAUGGAUACCGGACGACUGGAGAGACAAGCCGCAAGUCCUCCAGAGGAUUUCUGAUGAGAAUCUGCAAAUUUGGGCUACAGAACUGCACGCUUUAUGGAAAUCUCUUGGGAGAAAGAUUAAGGUGGAUGUGCAGUCACAUCCAGAGCUGUAUUCCCAGAUUUACGUGCCCAAUCCAGUGGUCGUGCCAGGUGGUCGCUUCAGGGAAUAUUAUUACUGGGAUUCUUACUGGAUAAUAAAAGGACUUUUAAUCUCCGAGAUGAGUAAAACUGCUAAAGGAAUGAUUGAAAACUUUCUGCAUCUUAUCCACAGGUUUGGCUUCAUCCCAAAUGGAGGACGAGUGUAUUAUCAGCGCAGAAGCCAGCCACCGUUCCUGACGUUAAUGGUAGAGAGCUACAUCCUUGCUACAAAUGAUACGGCCUUUUUGAUGGAAUGCAUUGAUCUCUUGGACAAGGAGUAUGACUACUGGAUGAAGAAUCGAUCAGUGCCUGUCAUCUUGGGAGAUAAAACUCAUUAUCUGAAUUGCUAUAAUGUUGAAGCAGCUGGUCCCAGGCCUGAGUCCUUCAGCAAGGAUGUAGCUUUGGGACAGACUCUAACAGAAGCUGCCAGACGAGACCUGUGGGUGGAGCUGAAAACAGGAGCAGAGUCUGGCUGGGAUUUCUCAUCACGCUGGUUCAUUGACUCCAAUGGAGAGAAUAAUGGAACGUUAAAAAACACAAAGACCAGGCAAAUCGUUCCUGUUGACUUGAACUCCAUCCUCUGCAGGAACGAGCGAAUCUUGGCAUUGUUUCACGAGAAGCUGGGUAACUUUUCCAAAGCCCAGUUCUACAAGGAGGCCAUGAACAAACGGAUUGAUGCUGUGCGUGAAGUUUUCUGGGACAAUAAACAAGGAAUUUGGUUUGAUUACAACUUAAUGAGAAGCAGGAGUAACGCUGCAUUCUAUGCUUCCAACUUGGCUCCUCUCUGGGCUAAGUGCAUUCUUGAACAAGUACCGGGACAAACUGCAGAGAUGGUCGUCCGCUAUCUCGAGAAGCACCAUCUCCUUGAGUAUAGGAAUGGAAUUCCAACCUCUCUGGUGCCAAGUGGUGAGCAGUGGGACUACCCCAAUGCCUGGCCACCUCUUCAGCAAAUCAUCAUUGAAGGUUUGGCAAAGUCUAAAUCAGAAAGGGGUCAGAGAAUUGCAUUCCAACAAGCACAGAAGUGGAUUCAAUCAAGCUGGCGUUUGUACAAGAAGCACCAAGCCAUGUAUGAGAAGUAUGAUGUGAACAGUGACAGUCAACCAGGUGGAGGUGGGGAAUAUAAUGUACAGGUGGGGUUUGGAUGGACGAAUGGCGUGGUUUUGCAGCUCUUGGAUGAGUAUGGAGACCAGCUCACAUCAGGAGUGAUGGAGUUGACCAGCUUCCCCUUCUGCACUUUAUUCUCAAUCUGUUUUCUGUUCCUUCAGCUCCAAUAAAAUGGAAAUAUAUAUUUUUAAAAAGAAGCCUUAUUUUAAUUUUGAUUAUCAAUCAGCAACAGAGUUCCAACUGGGUUUGGUCGAGGAUUCAGCAUGGUUGCUGAUCGAAUUUAUCAGUCACUCUGUUUUGAUGUAUGUGUGACAAAUAAAGCUAAUCUUUAUCCUUAAUUCUACUAAAAAUGUUAGCUAUGUUGUGCUGAAGUUUAAUUUGCUGGUGAAGUUGCUGCUCGGUCCUGUCAACAAUUUCCUGAAUUAUCUUUGAAAUAUUUGCAAUUGCAUGGAAUAAGUGCAUAAACAACAAUAAGAAUAUCACAAUGAAUUGCUUAGUGUUCA